AUGGGGAGAGGCCAGAAACGUGGGCGUACACAGAGGAAGCACUUCAAGGAGAACAGGGAAAAUCUCUGGAAGUACAGCAAUGAUGGAGAUAAUAGAGCUGGCGAUGUUGCCUCUCAAAGCAACAGUCAUAACCCUUCAUGGGAGCCCUUCAACACAGAGAACCAAGCCUUUGAGGAGUACUACAAGGUAACCACUUUUGUAUGGCAGAACCAGUUAGGUCUUCUUUGAAUAUAAAUGUUUCCCUUUGGCUGACCGACUUUCCCAAAAAAUUCUGUAGUCUCCGUAGAUUGGAUAGGCUGUCCCUGUUGGCAUUUUGUGUAUCAUCUGUAGAUGUUUGAUUUUACUUAGCAGUCACUCAUUUGAAGCAUUGGAUAUGGCUAUGGACAAAUAAAAGGUAAGAUAAUUUUUUUGGUGAAAUGGGUGACUUUUUAACAAAUAAAAACCAUGCACAAUUGUCACGUAAUAUCAUAUGAACUUUCCAUUUAUUCCCAUGUCCGUUAAUGGACUGUGUUGGCUGUAACAAUAGACUGUGCCUCUCCUUUGGUGCAUUUGGAGAAGUCUGGUUGCGAUUUUCCUUGUUCUUUCAGUUCUAUACUUCCGGUCGUCAUAAACAUUUCUUAGGAUUGUUGGAAUGGAGAGAAUGUGAAUUGAGCAGGAACUUAUAUAAUAUUUCCAAACCUGUCCCAUGACCCAGCAUCUGUUUCGUGUGAAAUCGAACAAGUCAUGAGGUCGAUACCCUUACUGGUGUUUUUCCAGCCCGGUUACAGAGUUGAGGUUUAAGGCAAUAUGAAGUAUCUAUUUCAGCUUCAGAGUUUGUUCAUUUUACUAUUUAGAUCCAGAAUAACUCAUCCUUCUGGUCUAACCUACAAAGACACUCCAGGAGUGGGGUUUUAUUGAAAUCAUCUGUGUUGACUAUAAAUGAUCCUCAAUCCCCUCUGGUUUUGCAUGAUUCUUUUUUAUCUGUUUUUUUAUGUAUCAUGAUUAUCACUCUCAGCUCUAUAUUAUCUAUCUUCUGGGAAAGAGACCUGAUAAAUCGUUACCUUUUACUCAGAUGGUUAUCUUGAAGAUUGAUCAUACAGUUAGUUAUCUUAAAGACUGCUAAUACAGUCAGAGCUGGCACAAUCUUCUGUUUGUUGAUUGUGCUGGCAUUUCACGCUCCCAUCGUUUUAGAUAUGAUGGAGUUAUAGAUCCACAGUCUAAGAAGAUCAUUCAUUGGUGGUAGUAGAUGGUACUGGAUCAUAAAACAUGGUCUAUUUACAUCCAAAGACGCGUACAACUUAUUCUUUUUAAUGUCAAGAGGCCCCACCUCAUAUUUGGAAAAAUAAAUAUCAAGAUCCUUAUUCCUCGAUUGAAGCUUCCUUAUAUGCAACAAUCGCACCUGAUUACUUGUUAUACUACUGACAUUUUGUGAUCAACUUUCUUUGUCUCAUUUCAAUUGCAAGCUUUUGGCAUGAUCAGUGAUAUAAAUGGGGCUCCCUUUAUGUAUUCUUCUCGAACUAUUAAAAUAUCUGUGCAUAAUUGUUAGGAUGGCCUAAAAACAUCGUUGCUGUUAGUAGUUUCUUGUUUUCCAGGUGAUCCAAAUAUAUGGAAGGCACACUAUUCAAAAUUUUGUGGACUAUUCUGAUUUAUAGAAGAAGUACUUUCCUCCAAUUCAUUUUUAUCUCUUUCAUGCCUUGUGGCUUCGAGAAUCUUUGUUCAAUUAUUUGGCUUCUACUAUGUUGGGUGGUAUUAGAGUAAAGUUUUAUAUCAUAUACCCAUGUCUGUGAUGAUGUGUUGUAUGCAUCGUGGAGGCACCCCUAAUCAAUGAUAAUGUACAAGAGGCAGCUUCAGAGCUUAAAUUCUUGAGUUUCAAAUCAAUGUUCUAUAAAAAAGGGAUAUCACCCUAGAACUGUUGUUUGUGUGGAUGACAAGUAUUAAAGUCAAGGGUAGCCCCAGACAACAACUGUUGAGGAAUGAGCUACUGUUUUCUUGAUCUUAUUUUUGUAAUUUUUCCGUUCUUUUUUAGUUACUUGUCUUUCAUAUCACAGUCGUAGACUGAACCAGACCGGUCUGAACCGGUCUGGUUCUCUCAUGAUAACUAGUUUGGUAUAAAUACCAAUCUCUUUGUAAACCGAAUUUUACUAAAUCACAAAUUAGGGUUCUAAGCCCCAUUUCUCCAAUGUUCUUAGUGUACCUUUGCUGGUGAAGCCUGAAGACGACUGAUUGGAAGAGACUGAGAGGACAGCACACUAACUGACAGAGGCUGCCUGGGUAUGAGGAGAGUUUUGUCAGUAUAAAAGACUGUUGCAUACGUGCAUUCAGUAAUGAUCCUAAAGACUCCCUUAUGAAUAUGAAACUAUUGGAUUUUUUGGAAGAAUCCCUUAUGAAGGAUCUUCGUGAAACAACCUCAAGACCCCCUUAUGAAUAUGAAUCACGUAAGGCUUUUAUUAUCUGUUGGUGAUGUUAAUCAGUCUACCUAGUGCAUUGAUGAGAAUGAUGAGUCAAUGCCUAAAACUAUUCACUGGUUGGGUCAUUGCUUUCUUUUUUUUAUGAUCCAUUGAUUUAUAUCAGUGUAGGAAAGAUGUCUUUUGCAUUUGUCAGAGUUGCUAAGAUCUUUAUUAUAUAGGAGGUUGCUGUUCCAUUAUUGUAGUUUGAUGAGUUGAAGCUUACUAUUGUUAGGCUUUAUGAUCAGUUCAAAAGGCUUAAAAGUGUUGGAGAAAGUUAUCAAGAAUGAGGUAGCCCAAAAAAUGAAGAUGCAUGUGCAAUUUUCAUUGGGGCAAAGAAGAUAAAAUAAUUUUUGGACAAGGGAAUCAAGUGAAAGUUUUUAAGUCUCUAGCAUAACGAAGGAUAUUCAACACAAACCGUUGUAUCUUGUUUCACAUUCAAGAAAUGCAUUGGUAUUUUAGUCCAUGUAUGUAAACCUUAAUGAGCACAUUGUCUUUGUGAUAUUGGAUCGUCUUUAAUAACUGUUUAUUUUACUUGACGAAAUAAGUAAGUGAAAUAAUAUAUGUAGUUAAUUUGUUCUAUUGAGAGAGUAUAUGUUUGCAUAGAGCACCAAUGUUGAUCAAAUUUUUUGCAGCACAAAAUGUCUUUCUCAGUUUUAACAUACACGAUUGAAGUCGUUUUAUUGUGUUAUUAAACUUUACCAACGUUAGUCACCUUCAAACUAGUAGUCACAGUGAAGUCGUCAUUGAGAUGCAUGAUAAUCAUUUUCUAAAUCAAAAAAAUAUCUUUCCCUAGCUUAAGAAGGAUUUGCAUGUAGUGAUGAUAGUUGGUCAUCUCUAUUCUUAGUUGGUCACCAUUUCAAACCCUCUCUUGAAUCCGUUUUGAAAAUAGCGAUAGUUGGUAUUGUAACAUAUCUUAUCAGAUUCAAUUCAUGAAUGUUUGGUAGCAAUAUGUUUUGGCGAUUCAUUUCAAUUAAUAUGAACUAAUAUGAUUCAGAUAUUCAAUUGGGUCCUAUGACAAACAAGAUAAUUUGGGCCCUAAAAGUUAUACGAGUUCUCGAUGACAAUGCUUAUGUUGGUAACUUAUCGAUAAACGUGAACAGAUAUGUAAUAUUUAACAUGGCAGAUAUCUGUGAUAUCAUCUAUCAAUUCUUAGACUUAAGAGUGAGUUCUUCCUAAGUGCUGGAGAUUGGUGUACAAGAGAAUCGCAGGAAAUUGGAAUGCCCAAAAUGUAGGAGUGGAUCUUUUUUUUGGUAGUCUAUCCACCUUAACGAUUUCUGUUGACACUUCCUUGUUUUGGAUAAUUUAAAAUAUGAAAUGUGUUCUUUUGGUAGAAGUGAAUGCUAUAUAGUAGAAGGAUUUUUAGAGAGGGAUGUAUAAAAUAUUGGUGGAUUAGUGCAAGCCAUUGUGUAUUUUCUAUUGUUUUUUAUGCUUGAUGAUUGGUAAAUAAGUAUGUUUUAGGGUUGCACAAUUGCAUGGAACGCCAAUUUUUUAUGGGAUCAUCAUCCUUUGUGCUUGUCUAAGUUUUUUAGCAUAAAAGCCUACAAAUAGGGUGGGAGUAAUGUCACUACAUUACUCCCACCCCUUUUGUAUUUGAUUACCUCAUAACUUUUUUAACAAGUGCAAAACUCAUGUUAAGCUCUUUAGAAAGCAUCACUUUACUUAUGCAUGCCAAUUGAACGUGUGACAGAAUGGUCAUUUCCAUGGUCAUUUAGGGUGACAUUGGGUGUGGUGGAUGGACAAUAUUCUCUUGCAUUUGAUGGCAUCAAGUGAGGCAAACGUGCAAAUGAGUCCUCCAUGACAGGGAUGUAUUCGUGAUGCUUUUAUUGGAUCCCCUAGGUGACGCUUUAAGUGUCAUGAAUAAAUGAUUAUAUAGAUUAAUUCUAAAUUUGUGAUACUUUUUGAAUAUCAUGAAUGAAAUCCUAAGCUCCAUCACUAUACUUUUUGACAUCUAUUCCGUUCUGAAAAACUGGGAGAAAAUGUUGAGACAGCUCAGUUGGUGCUACAUGAGUCCAUUUAUGUUUCUGCAACUACCUUAUACUUUCUUCACUUGUUAAUAAGUUUUUUUGGAACCCUUUUUGUAUAAAAAAUUAUUUCCAGUCAUCUUCUUCUGUAGACAUUGUAUUCCAUUGGAUAAACCACUUACAGGUAAAGAGCCUCCAGGCGUGAAUGUUAUGUUGAAAGGGAUUUGUAAGCAUAAUCUGUCUCUGUUUGAUGAUUAGCCUUCUUAGAGUAUCCAGUCUUCAUUAAGCUCUUCUUAGGGGAUAUCUAAGCUUAAACAUUUCAGAGGGCCUAGAAACUUCUAUGCUCUCUUUGUGCCUUAUUUUUUAAUUUGAACAUAGAAAAACUGAUAACGAGGCAAAGGUUAUUAAUGGUUUCUGGCUUGUGAUCGUCUUAUAUGACCUUAAAUUCUCUGCUAUUUAGCAUCAGUAAUAGUAGCUACUUUUAUUUGGCCCCCCCUUUGGAAGUAGUUUCAUGCCUCUGUUGGUGUUGAAACUUUUGUGAGUUCAUCACCAAUCUGGGGUCCGCAGCUAUCUGGCCCAUGCAGUUGAUGCUGGAGUGAAGCAUAAAAAAUAAAAUGGUCUGCUUUUAUAUUUUUCUUUGAAGGAUGUGAUAUCAAAUUUUUUAUUUUAAGAUUAAAGCUUGUGUUGCUGUAGUAGGGCAGGUUUUUACAUAACAAGCUGCUUCUGUUGACAGGAACAAGGCAUUGUGUCUGAAGAGGAGUGGAGUAAGUUUAUAUCUUUCCUCCGUAAACCUCUACCGGCUGCAUUCAGGAUUAAUUCUAGGUAUCUAGAUGAACUACAUUAAUUCUUUUGGCUGAAAAGCCCCAUUAUAUAUAUAUUUUUUAGACUCAUUUGGCCCCAGUGCUUUUUUUCACGAUUUUUUAUUUGUUUCCGUUGACUUUGGUGAACACAAAGAAGUCUUGCUUUAUUUGUCAAUUAGCUCUCUCAACCAUGCAUUUGCUUUCUAUAAUGAUCAGCAAUAAGCUUAUGGCCUCCUUUUCAAAAACCCUGUGAAAUCAUCAUGUCGUAGAUACCUCUAGUAAUUCUGGUUGCCACUUGUUAGGUAGUUAAGUUAUAGUAGAUUCAGCGGAACAUGAUUUUUUUGCGAAUUUCCUGUGAUCUUCUGGUGUCCCUGAAGCCCAGAAGUCCUCACCUUUUGGUCUAAGGCGUAUUUAUGUGUAUCAGGGUAAUUUUGGUUCUCGUGGUAGGUUUUCUGACGUAGCUUCUUUAUGUUGACUGGAAAGAGUGUUUUGAACAUUAUGAUGGUUUUAAUGAACUUAAGGGGCUUUGAAAAUAGGCUAGAGUGGUCAAGGAACAAUAGGUGCAUUUUCUAGUGUCUGGUUUUUACCAUUUGAAUAACCUUAGCUGGUUCUGGCAAUGUGAGUAUGGAUAUCUUUUAUGUCUCAACAUAUUUGAAUAAUACUCUACUUAUUUGCCAUAUGUGAUAUCUAUAAAUCCUUGUCUUAUGUUCGUGUUCACUUUUUCCCCCUAGUCUGUUUCAGUUUUCACUGCCCAACUUUCAGGGUCUCUUCGUGGUAGUCUUCUCUGCUUGUGUCGUUGCCAUUUCGAAAUCUGAUGCCUCUUGGGUUUUAAAGGCGUGUCAUGCGAAACUGGUUAUCGUCUGAUGAUGUGGACGUCAGUAGAGUGAAAAGUUAGUUUAUCAGUACGGUCGUAUAUUUGACAUUGAUUAUUAAUCAUGAGAAAGUGUCUUCUUUGUUUAAAAUGUACUCAGAGAUUAUAUACCAAUAAUUUUUUCUACAAUAUCUGAAAUAUUUAGAUAUAUGCAUAGACGUUAUCUGCAUACUUAAUCUUAAUAAUUUUUACUUUCAUUUGCAGUGGUCAGUUUUAUAAAGAUAUUCAAUCGCAGUUGGAGAAUGACUUCUCAAAGUCACUUGAGGCUGAUGUAUGUUUCAUGUUCGUUAUGCAGGCAAUUCCAGAUUUUUUUUUCCCUUCAUUUGUUGACAUUUUAGCAUCUUUUUGUCUCAGCAGCUUGGGCACGAGUAUGAGACAGAGCCUAUCAGGCCUUUGGCCUGGUAUCCAGGGAAUCUUGCCUGGCAUUCCAAUUUUUCUCGCAUGCAGCUUCGAAAAAAUCAGACACUUGAGAGGUAAUUGAUCGCACUAGUUAUGCUAAAAUUAUCUACGUUCUUUAUAUUUAUGGCCUUGUCAAAAUGAUGAUGUUCUAUCUUUGUCUUAAAAAGGAUAACAUCACACUCCUUCAUUGAAUAUCUUUGUUCCUUUUAUUCAACUUCUUACGUCAGCCUUCGGAUUUGGUUUCAGUAAACUAUUGAUCCCUUUUAUGAAGCCGUUUCUUGAAUAACAUGCCGUAUGAAUUUUCUUCUGUAAUCCCAUGCAUAUUUGGUACUCGUGAUAUCGCUAACCUCCUAGUUGCUUCUAAGUCUGUGGCAACUUCUGACGAGAGGGCCACAUAUCACAAGCACCGACGUUAGCUCCUGGGUUAUGAGAAAAAUUGAUGGACACUUUAGUUUGCCAUUUUCUGGGUAGGAAAAUAAUUUCUCUAAUGCUUUUUUGAUAUCUUAUAGAUGACUUGUGAGAAAGAAAUGUGUCUUUUUCUACAGUCAUUCUUCAUUAUAUGCCUGAUUAUUGAUAUGCCCUGACACUUUGAGUGCUCAUGUUUCUUCUGUAUUUUUUUUAAGAGACAUAAUUAUGUAUCAUCUGCUCUCAAAUAACCUUCUUUUACAAAUGGAGUAAUCCAUGCCAAUGCCCAAGAGCCUAGAAUCACCUAUUUCCUCAUUAUACGAAUAUGCGGCCUCUUUUGCACAAAGUGACAUUAAAUGAAUAAAAUGGUAUCUUCUGAAGAGCAUUAAUGCCGAGAUAAGUGACUGACUACUUGUUCCUAGGGGCCCGAUUAUUUCAUAGAUAAUUGGCGACCAUAUGACUCAGGUUACGCUAUUCAUACUAAUGUCUGAUGGCUGCAUGUGCUGAUUCAUCAAUGUCUUUCUAUUCUUCGAUAGAUUACUUGCUGCCAGUUAUAUUCGCAUUAACAUACUAAAAAGAGCAGUCAAAUUCUCUAAUUAGGUAAAACAUUGCAAUUCGAGGCAGUAACCUUUUUUGGCUUAUAUGUCACUCUCAUCUUCAUGAUUCAUUAUCUUCAGCUCCUACUUCCUUGGUACACUGGCAUGUCUUAAUCCUCAUGAGAUACUUUUACUUGACUUGCAGUACUAUGAAAAUAAUAUAUCCUUGAGUUUCCUAAUCACUCCUGACGAGCUAUUGACCUUGAUACACAGCUUCAUGAGACCUUUGAUCCAGGCUCUGUAGCACUGAUCAAUUUAGUGGGAGGCGAAACAUCAUUCUCAGUUGCAAAUUGAGUUUUGGGCAUUCUCUUGUCAAACAAUGGGGCAACAUGGUUGUAAUCAUUGAGAAUUACUUGCUUUUGAAGUUCUAGUUCUCAUGAUCAAAAGAGAAAAGGUCAAAGUAGUUUAUGUACUUUCAAAAGGAAAACCCUUGAAGAAAGUAGUCAUAUAUGUUAGAUUAAUAGAUUUUCCGCAUCAUCACCAAGUUCUUACUAGCCUUUAGGGAUGCUCUCAUAUUCUGAUGGUUGCAUGUUAGCAUGAAAACGGUGGUAUGGUGGAAUUGUUCAAUCGGAUUUGCUGAGCUGAAUGUGCGCAUGAUAACUGAGAGAUGUUGGUGCAAAUUGGUAUGGUUCAAAAAUAUGUUAAGAGGCCCUUUCUGAAUCUGGAGGUGUAUCUUUGAAAUAUCUGAUGACCACUUUUUGAAGAUUUUCCUAUGUUUUCUGAUAGGAUAUUUAUUGAAGAACGAGAUGAUUUCUAGUUUCAUGAUUUCGUUUUAAUUUUAUGCAGAAAAGAUGAAAAUGCAAUAUCAGCGCCCAUAUUGACCUAAUCUUCAUGACUGUGAGUCAAAAAAUGUGUAAUUUCAGUGAAUUGUAAUUGGAGACUAAUGUUGGUCUUUGUGGAACGUGGGACUGAAUGUAUUGUCGAAUGUUUUUCAUAAUCCUGACCUUUGUCAAGUUGGUAAUUAUGCGUGUAUUAUUAUUAUGCUGAAAAAUUGGCAUUCAAAAUGUCAUAUAGUUCCUGAUCUGAUGUAGGACUGAAUCACUGGAAAUGAGGAAGGCCCAAAAAGUGCGAGUCAAUGUUAAAGCAUGCUGUCUCAACCAUGUUCUUCAUUUUAGGCUAGUUUGUUGGCCAUUUUUCGGUGAUCCUUCGAUUGAAGCAUGUUAUCUCUUUUAGUUGGCAGGUCCUAGUUCUUAUGAGAUCUACAACUAGUUUUUGUUUGUUUAAUCAAGGACAAAAUGCACACUGAGAGGUUUUUUCUCCCAAAUCAGGCAACCAUGUUAUUUAUUCUGUUGAUUGUGGAUUCAUGGAAACCCUUGUGGAUUCAAGAGUCUCUCAUACUUUAAUCUUUGAGGAUUCAAGGUCAAAGCUUCCUCCCUGGCUUUUGCUAUGCCAUGAUCUUUGGUGGUAGAAAGUUCUUUUACCACGUAUGUUGGUGUUUUAUGGAUGGAUAUAAAUAGCAAAAAAUAUGACAGAAUUUGAGAAUAUGCCAGGUAUCAACUUGGCUUGAGUAAUGGAAAUUGAAGGUGACCUUCAGGUAGCUUGCCUGAUGAACUCGAUCAAGAACAUGGAUAAUUUGCUUGUGUAGUUUUUUCUAUAAUUCAUUUUUUGUAUGGUCCAUCUUCUUAGUUAAGGGGUGAAUUGUCGUUUUUGCCUUCUUGUGGUUGAAUUCACCAAUUGUCUCUUCUGCUUCACUUUGUGUUCUAUUUGCAACUUUUUACAUUCGACAUGGUUUCAUAUAUCAGUGGUGUAAGCCAUUUUCUAAAAAGAGAUCAAUAUUGAGCAAUCAACAAGCCUUUGAGCAAACAUCUGUUUGAUGGUUUUAUAGAAAGCACGGUUGUAUAAUAUGCACUUUGCUCAUAAAGCGAAUUUCAAACUUGUUUUGAUAGAAGUAUGUAAAAAAAAAUGUUAGAAAAAAGAAUUGUGGAAGGUAAAAAUGGUAAACUGCAUUGUUUUUCUAUUGUAUCAUAAUUCUAUUAUGACAAACCCAUUUAAAUCUAUAAUGGGAUGGGAUGUUUUUCUUUUUCCUUCCAUCAUCUUUUAUCCUACUUAUAUAUAAUUCAUGAGUCAGGUUCCAACUUUCAGGUUUCAUGAGUUUCUAAAGCUGGAAAACGAAAUUGGAAAUAUUACAAGACAAGAAGCUGUUAGCAUGGUAAAAUUCACAUUGUGCCUGGUUACUCUGUAAUCGGUUUCAUCUUCUUCUUAUCUUUAGAUGUGCAGUUGUUUUAGUAUGGAUUGUUGUCUCUUUGAGCUAAUAUUAUACCGGUAUAAUCUUUUUGCCAACUUAGGUACCUCCUCUCUUCUUGGAUAUUUUGCCAGAUCAUCAUGUUCUUGACAGUACGCUACCUCAUUCUUCUCACAAUUAAUGAGUUCUGUUUUCCUUGGACUUAUUAUUGAUAUAAAUCUUUGCCUCUUUAAAGUCCAGUUAUGAUAAGCAGGUUUAUCAAUGCAUUCAAUAAUCUGCUUUGUUAUAAUAUUUCCUGUACUUGUUAUGUAUAGACCAUUUUGGUUUUUUUCUGUGGCCAACUCUGUUAGGGAGUUAACCGCAAAGCAGGUAUAAACAAUAGGGAAAAAAAUUAAGUAUCUUAUCAAUUCAUAGAUCAAUUUGCCAGUAAUAUACAGUUUCCCCAGUCCCGAAAAAGGAAAAUUAACUUUGUUGGAUCCCACGAUUUUGGGAUACUCAAUCGAACUAUCAGAAUGAUAAACAGCCUAAUCAACCUAGGGAGUUGACCAGUGACCUAACCAAUUUAGGAAACUGACCAACAACCCAACCCGACCAACCUAGGUAACUGACCGAUAGCCUAAUCAACCUAGGAAACUGACCAACAACCUAGCCAACCUAGGAAAUUGACUAACAACCUAACCAACCUAGGAAAUUGACCAACAACUCAAUCAACCGAAGAAAUUGACUAACAGAAGUUGAUGAAUAGAUAUUUUCUAUUCCCAAGUUGGAUACAACACUCUGAAAUAUUGAAGUACUCUAUCUCUCAGUAAGUACUUCGGCAAGUUUGGGCUGUGUAAACACACAAGGUGUACAAAUCAAUCUGCUCUUCAACUUCUUUGUGAUGAAGUGUUUGUUAGCCUCAAUGUAUUUUGUGGCCAUUUUUCUGGCCAUUUUUCCAAGAUUUUCCUCUCAAGUCAUCUGUGGCUAAGUCAUUGACCUUCUUUUACGGAGUCACUGUGGUAGCCAUUGGUAGCGCGAAUGAAUAGCUCGCUCUCUUAUGUCAGGUUUUUACCCUUAAGGCCCUGAAGCCUUAGCUACUGUAGAAGAAUGAUAAAAAAAUAAAUUUUCAUAAUAUGUUAAAACAAAGAAAAAUAAAUAGAAUCACUUGAACUAAUUUUUUUUCUCUCAUUUGACCAGAUAACUGCAUUUUAUAUUUCAGUAUAAAAAAGAUGAAUGGUAUUCUCUUAAAAAAAGAUGCCAUUAACACUGACUAUCGUCAAUUGCCAGGAGGUAAACGUGAAUAAUAAAUGAAUGUUGUCUUUUAACCUGUUCAAUUAAAUGAAUUCUCAAAAUUGCAGAUGAUGUACAAAUCGAUCAAAAUUUACAAAUGACAAUGUCCAAAUCAAAUUACACAGUCAUGUUUCAAUGGUUCGUUAAUGCAUGUCAUAAUCAACGUCUUCCACUAAAAUGUGAAAGAGUUGUCUCUGAAGGAUAAAUGUAUUGUCAUUGUUUUUUUUAUUAUAAUCAGGUGUUUUUGAUUUUUCCAGUUUGAGAAGUAAUAUCUUCUUGUGAUCCUACUACUUUCUUUCGAAUUUAUUUUUGCCAUCGUGUUCUGAUAUUGUUAUUCUGAAUGCAGUGUGUGCAGCUCCAGGGUCGAAAACGUUUCAGUUACUUGAAAUGAUGCACCAGUCAUCUAAUGUUGGAUUACUUCCUAAUGGCCUGGUUGCCGUUCUCCUCUUUCUAUGCUGAUUUUUUUGUUCAGUUUUAUUUUUCCUUUUUAGGUGAGUUCUGUAUUGUUAUCUUUUUCAUUCUUGGUUUAUUAUUUUGAGAGUGCAGGUAAUAGCAAACGACGUUGAUGUCCAAAGAUGCAAUCUUCUAAUUCAUCAGACCAGGAGAAUGUGCAGUGCCAAUUUGAUAGUAACAAAUCAUGAAGCCCAGCAUUUUCCCAGUUGUCGUUUGAAUACAGAGAUUGAAAAUGGCAGAUUGACAAGUAGCUCCCCGUCAUGUCUCACAGAAGAGGCAGUUACGAACCAGUUGCUGUUUGAUCGUGUUCUGUGUGAUGUCCCAUGCAGUGGUGAUGGAACACUCCGCAAAGCUCCUGACAUUUGGCGAAAAUGGUUGCACUACAGACCCCACUUCCUUUUCGCAGAGACUUCAUCUUAUCCUAAAAUCAUGAACCAUCCAAUGAGAGAUAACAACUGUUUUACAGGAAUUCAGGAAUGGGUAAUGGACUUCAUCGCCUUCAAGUUCAGAUUGCGAUGCGGGGUAAUUGUUUUGUCCCAUUUAAGAAAGAAUUUACUUUAAAAACAUUUAUUGUGCUUGUUUGCUUUUGACUGAAAUUUUGAUGCCUUACCAUUUAAUACAUCCGUAUAUAUUCUGACCUGAUAAUUCAUUAGCAGAAGCCUCUGCAUCAAUGUGAGGUUUAUUGGAAAUACUCUUUCAGUUUCUAGGAUCUACCUAUUGUGCAGCUGGCUGUCAAUUUUUUACGCCAUAACUUCUGUGAUAUGAUGCCUACGAAGAAACAAGGUUAUUGGAAUGGCACCUAGCAGAACUAUGGUGUGCAAGCAUUCAUGUUAUGAACUAUGCCAUGUUUAUCUCUGAUUCAAGAUUGUUUAGAAAAAUUCUCUUAGCCUUAAUGUUGGAGGUGGAUGCAAGUCAAUAUUAAGUAUAAUGGAUUAAUCUUACCUUGUUGAAUGAGUCACGGCAAGGAAUUGUGACAAGAAACUAAUGCUUUAAGUGAAUUUUGUUUGAUAAGAGUCCAUUCACAGCAUUGUGUUAUUUUCUGGUACUAUUGUUGGUUUUAUUUCUACGCGUAUUGUGGUUUUGAUCUUUUCCACAAGUGGUUGCUAUAGUUAUCCUUUCUUCAUUAGAGUAGGUUUCAUAGUUUGUCACUUCUGAUUGAACUUGAAACUGUAGAUUUGUUUUGGUAUCCAUAGCAUCACGAUAGAUUACUGCUUCAAGUUGACAACAUAUAUUCUAAUAGGUUGAUAUAUUAACAUUGAUACAAUGCAUUAUUUUGUAGCAUAAUUUAUACAUAGUGAAAUAUGAGGUUUGAUUUAUUUAUUCAAGUUGUUUAUCUGUUAACCUGAGAGCACUUAAAUUCAUUUAUUGUAGGUCUAGCAUUACUUAAAGUUGGAGGAAGAAUGGUUUACUCAACUUGCUCAAUGAAUCCCGUUGAAAAUGAGGCUGUUAUCGCAGAGGUACAUUUCAAUUACAUUGAAAACCAUAUUCAUUGUUUAUCUUUUUUUCGUACACUAAGCACUUUUUUUUCUUCCAACUUCAAUAAACCAUAUUCAGCCUUUAAUAUGUAGUCAUUGAGUGGUGGUGAAUUGGACAACAUUCUUUGCCCUGGUAUUCUUGUCGAAAAUUGUUCCAUUUUUCCCCUAUAUAUCCAAGAUUUCAAGAUCAAUUAGACAUUGUCACAUGAUAUUUAAUGUCAUAUAUGUUGUGCAUCCACCAGUUAAAUGCUGUGGGUGACCUUCGGACACAGAAAAUAGCUAAACCCAGCCUUUCUUCACAUUUUCUAAACUUCUUAAAUGCAUUUCAUUCAGUUAAAUGCAUUUCUAUCACUAUGUAAAAGACACUUUUUAGUACAAUUUGUAUUGUUAACCUUUCACUAAUCAACUCAAAAAUAAAUGUUGAUUAGUGUUGUCAGCAUCUGUGUAAUAAACUUCCAGGGAUCUGAUAUAAAAACUCGCUUCCUUUGUGAGUCGUUUUCUUCAUCAAAUAUUCUCUCCACAGGCGUUGUGGUUAACUGUCAGCGCACUGGAUCAGAUUCAAAUCUGCUAAUUGGUAUCAGAGCGAAUCUAAGUGCGAUCACUCCGUUUCUUCCUUCCGCAAUGAUCUAUUCUCUUAUAGUUAUGGUUCUCGUACUGUUUUUCCAUCGUCUCCAUUGAGAUCUGUUGACAGAAUACUGGAUCUGGUGAAUACCGGAUCUAUUCUCCUACAGUUAUGGUUCUUGUACCAUUUUUUUAUUUGUUUCCAUUGAGAUCUGUUGAUGGAAUAUUGGAUCUGGUGAAUCCGACCGUUUUCUUGAAAGGUUAAAUGUGAGAGAUUUCUUCAUCCUAUGUGAGAGAUCCUCCUUCCAUGAGGGAUUCUAACCUUGGUUCCAGUGCUCCACGAUUACUAGUAGAACUCCCUACGAUGCCUGUAGAGUUCAAUUUAACCAGAGAUAAUUUGAUACAAUGGUUAGAAUAUAUUCGAGAGGUUCUGAGUAGGAGAGGAAUGUCGCAUCAUUUGGUAGAGGAGAAAUCAAGACUUAAAUCUGGGAAUGAUGAUUCUCCAAAUUAGUCGAGAUUUUUUCUUCUUGGCUAUUACAAUGGUUAAAGAUUUGUGGGAAAUAGUUCCCACAAAAUUCUCACGGACGAAUAAUGAGACUCAUAUAUACGAAUUAGAGACAAAAUCCAUGUCUAUAAUGUAAGAAAAUCCGUGAUAGAAUAUGCUGGGGAAUUGAAAGGUUUAUGACAUAGAAAAACUUGAGGAGAUUACUGUUCCACGAAAUUUCAUGGAACGAAGAAGAAUCUUUAAAUUUCUUGUAGAACUUAACUCUAUUUUUUGAUCCUGUUAGACAACAGAUUUUGAGCCGUGAGAGGAAAUCUGAUCUAGAUGAGGCUAUUACAAUUGUUUUCAAUGAGGAGAGCAAUUGGAAAUUAAUCUUAUCAGUGCCUGAUAUUGAUAAUGCUGCAUUUAUGAUUAAAUUGGGCAAAAACAUGAAGAAAGCCUCAACUUGGUCAGUGAAAAAAUCAAAAGUCUGAUUUUCAAGAUAACCUGUGGUGCAUAUAUUGUAGGGAACCUCGUCACACUAGAGAUCGGUGUUAUAAACUUCAUGGUAGAUCACAAAAUUUCAGCACUGAAAAGCAGAAUUAUUUAGUAGCAGAAUUACCUGCCAACCCCCGCCAUCAGAACUAUCAAAAGCUCAUCCUCCUUUGUUUCGGAUGGAUAAGAUAGAACAAUGUCAAGUUGAAUUGAAAAAAUUAAAAUCGGCAUAGCACUCAUUAAUCCAGCCUGAAAAGUUUCAUUACUCUCUUGGAAUGACGGCUUCUUCUAAAGGUAUUUCUAACAAUAGGGUAGUGGACUUAGGAGCAACGGACUAUAUGACAAAUUCUUCCCAUUCUUUUAUCAAAUACAAUCCUCGUCCUAGUGAUAGAAAGGUAUCCAGUACAGAUGGAUCCUUUCUAACUGUCACUAGUAUAAGAAACCUUAAACAUGGACCCCUUGGAAUCCUUACUAACAUCCUCCAUUUCUCAAAAUUAUUUACAAAGCUCAUUUUUGUCAAGAAACUUGUGGAACAUUCAUCUUAUCAUUCCUAUUUUGAUGAAGAUAUUUGUGUGAUAUUUGAUAAUGUCAGAGGAUUUCAGUUGCUAGAGAAUGUGAAGGAUUCUCUUUCCUAGAAGGAUUGAGCCAAACAUACCUAGUGAAAGUAGAUCAACACUUAGAGCCUCUAGAAAAUCUUAAAAUGCAGUUACUCCACCAAAGAAUAGGCCAUCCUUCCUUCAGCACUCUGAAAAUACUUUUUCUACUUUGUUUUAAAAGGUAUCCUUAAACACCUGUAGGUUGUGAUGUGUGAAUUCUCUUAACACACUUGUGCGUCUCAUUAAUGACAUUUGUGAAAAUAAGUGGUUUGUCACCUUUAUAGAUGAGUCAUAUGUGUGUGUUUCUUCUAAAACAGAAGUCUGAUGCCUGUGAAAUUUAAACUUUUUCUGUGCUAUGAUUAAAAAUCAAUUUGGGAUUAGUAUAAAGAAAUUCAGGUUCGAUAAUGCUAAGAAAUACUUUAGAGGGAAAGUAUGAAUUAUUAUUUCAACUUAGAGGGUAUCAGGCAUGAAUCAUCUUGUGUAUACUCCACAGAAAAAUGCCUUAGUUAAGAGGAAAAAUUGACAUCUUUUAGAGGUAAUGUGAUUGAUUUUAUUUCAAAAUAAUGUGCCAAAACUUUUAUGUGGUGAGGCUGUCGUAACAGCUAAAUAUCUCAUCAACCAAUUGCCGUCUAGAACCUUAGGCUUUCACAGUUUUUUAAACUUGUUGAUUGUCUACUUUCCACACCAUCAAAUUAAGAUCAUGUUAGAACCUAAGAUAUUUGGUUGCCUUUACUUUGUUCAUCAUCACAAUCAGACCAAAGGAAAACUAGAACCACAAUGACUUAAAUGCAUAUCCUCAGAUAUGCUAGUAAUAAAAAAGGGUACAGAUGUUAUCAUUCUUGCACUCAUAAAUUCUUUACAUCAAUAGAUAUUACAUUUCAUGAAUCAGAACCUUUUUAAAAACUCUUUGUUCAAUGAUCAAAUUUAUUUUUUACAGAUUAUAUUGAUCAUCAUGUAGAUCAUUCAGUUUUGUCAUCCUCGGGUAAUUUGUUUAUCCCCAUUUCAGUCCCUGAAAAAUCUUGUUCUAUUCUAGAUUCGCUUCUUGAAAAACUUAGAUUUGACCAAGUUUACUCUAGGAGAGGGGAAAUUCAAGAUUUGAUAAAAAUCUAAGAUUCUGAUUCUGUAUCAAGCAUACAGAAUUCCACAUUUACUUCAUUUGAUGAUUAGGACAUUCUAAAUUGAAAUUCACUUCCCAUUGCCUUGAGAAAAUCAUUACAAGAGUGUACCAAGAAACCUUUGUACCUAUUAGCUAAUUUUUUAUCUUACCAAGGACUCUCUCCAUCUUAUUGGUCCUUUUCUCUUUUGAUACAACUAUCAUUUCAAAAAUGUUUCAAAGGCUCUAUUCAAUGAGUGGAAACAAGCUAUGGAUGAUGAAAUAAGAGCUCUAGAAAUAAACCAGACUUGGAAUCUAAUGGAGUUACCAAAUGAUAAGAAGAUGGUUGGUUGCAAAUGGGUGUAUAUGGUGAAAUAUAAAUCAGAUGGCUCGAUUGAAAGAUAUAAAGCUAGGAUGGCGGCUAGAGGCUAUACACAAGUUUAUGAAAUUGAUUAUCAGGAAACUUUUAUACUUGUGGGAAAAUUGAAUACCGUCAGAUUUUUAUUAUCUUUAGCAGCCAUUUUCAACUAGGACAUUCAAUAGUACAAUGUUAAAAAUGAUUUUUUACAUGUUGGCCUAAUUGAAGAAGUUUGUCUUUUCCACCAAGAUAUGAAGGUCAGCAUUCAUCGAAUAUUAUUCCUAAAUUAAAGAAGUCUCUUUUGUGGAAUCAAAUAGUCAGCUUGAGCAUGAUUUGGACGUUUUAUAGCAACAAUGAAAAAAUUGAACUGUAGUCAGAGUAAUGGUGAUGACACCUUAUUCUGUAAACACUCUUUGUCAGAAAUUAUGGUUCUAUUAGGAAACACAUAACUUGAGCCAUUGUUUGGCUAAUGAAUUUAAUAUCAAGAUGGUGAGAUGACUCAAAUAUUCUUUGGAAAUUGAAGUGGCUCAUUCUUUUAGAGGUAUUUUCAUAUUGCAACAUAAGUACCUAAUAGAUUUGUUGAUGGAAAUAGAGAAAUCUGCAUGUAAACCAGCCAGUAUUUCUGUUGACCAUGAGAUGUAUCUACGUCUCAUUGGCUGGGUACUUUAUCUAACACAUACUCAAUCAGAUAUCUCGUAUGCAGUGAGUAUAUUAAAUCGGUUAUGCAUCAACCAAAAGAAUCUCAUUUACAUGCAGCCUAUCAAGUGUUACAUUACUUGAAAGGCACACCUAGUCGAGGAGUUCUCUUCAAAUGAAGUGAGAAGGCAGAAGUUGAAAUGUUUUUUAAUUAUGUAGGAUCAAUGAUUGAUCAAAGAUUGCUUGUUCUCACAUUUAUUGUAAGAAACUUUGUUACAUAGAAAAGUAAAAAAACAGAAUCUGAUUGCUUGUUCAAGUGCUGAAGUUGAAUUCAAGGUACUUGCCCAAGGUGUAUGCAAGUUACUGUGGGUGAAAAAUUUACAUGAUGAGCUAAAAAUCUCUCCAAUUGCCCUAUAAAGCUUUGUCGUGAUAAUAAGUCAGAAAUUAAUCUUGCAUAGUCCGGUACAGCAUGAUCGUACCAAACAUGUAGAGGUUGAUUGUCAUUUUAGCAAAGAAAAUCUGAGGCAAAUUUGAUUUGUAUACCAUACAUCUCGGCACACAGCCAACUGGUAGAUAUGCUUAUUGAAGGCAUCUCGGGCACACAACUACAGAAGAUUAUUCUCAAGUUGAGAAUGGAUGACAUCUACUCACCAACUUGAGGGGAAGUGUUGUCUGGAUGUGUCUAAUAAACUGUCCAGUAUACGUUAAGCUUCUUGUAGUUAUAUGUAUGUGUCUGGAAAAACACGUUAAGCAGGGUCCAGGGAUCUGAUAUAAAUACCAGACCCCGCUUCUUUUGUGAGUGAGUUUUUUCUUUUAUCAAAUAUUCUCUCCACAGUGCUGUGGUUACCUGUCAGUGCACUGGAUCAGAUUCAAAUCUUAUACAAUUAGUAUUUGAUGGCAAACCAUCAUAAUUUUUACUGUAUUUCUGAAAGGGAAAAGGCUGCAGAUAAAACGUUUUGCGUAAGCCUUUGUUAUGAUCUGUUGCCCAACCGCUGGACAUAUUUUUUAAUAUUUUCUCUGCAAUAUCUUGCUUCUUCUCUCACAUAGAAGAAACCAUAUUUAUGUUUCCGUUACCACGUAGAUUCCUAAUGUUAUUCCCUCAUAUUUUUAAUUUUUUUUCGGUGAGAAUGAACCUUUUGAUUUAAUCUGUAGAUUCUUCGAAGGUGUGGCAGCACAGCAGAACUUGUAGAUGUAUCUGGGGAGCUCCCACAAUUGAUUCGUCGUCAAGGGCUUAAGAACUGGAAGGUAUUACUUUUUAUGCACUUUACUUUAAAGAGGACAACCACCUAGAAAUGGGACUUUCCCUGGUUUUCUGUUGAGAUCUAUGUAGGAAGUUAAACCAUGUCAUCUGAUUUUCUUCGUCGUAUUGGGAACACGAGUAAAACAUUGAACACAGACUGCUGGGCUAGAUACUUGCUCUGAUGAACUCCUGGGUUAGUAGGCACAUAUGGGUAAUACUUUUGAGAUAGUCAGUUAUAACUUGUAGCUCAAACUGAAAUCUAUACUUUCUUAGAUGAGUUUAAGAUAGGGUAUUCAUUUCUUUUCUAACCAGCUGGUAACAUUUAGGAGUGCUAGAUGAUGGUCAUUAUACGAAUCUGUUACUGGACAUACCGUUCCAAAUUUGGCCAUCUUUUUCCUCAAAAGUGGUUAGCAUUAACUGAGAGGAUCAUAUAAUAAGCCACUUCUGAUUUUUAAAGGUUUAAAACCGAGGGCUAUUUAUUUGAUAGAAGGUUCUCACAUUUAAAUGAUUUUAAGACAGUGGCUUCAGAUGAUUAAUGUGUGGUGACAUUUUUGGGUGUGUUGGCUAUUCAUUGCUAUUACAGCUGAGUGAUACUUCUCCUUUAAAGACAAAUAUCAUUGGCUGAUAAUGACUUGAACUGACUCAAAUCAUAUCAGUUCUGAGGGCCAAUUCUUAUGUUUCAUACACUACUGGCCAGAAACCCCUCAAACCCCUCAGGUUUAACCUGCAUAGGUUCGGGUCAAUUAAGCUGAUGACAACGUGAAUUACAGUUCAGUAUGUUUGGAGCUGAGCAGGAUAAUACAGAUCAGGCUUUGUCACAUAUCUUGGAUAUUGGUUGGGAUUACCUGAUGUAAACUAUUAGGAAAAUGCUGUCUCAUCCUGAAUGCCCAUGAUCUAAGUGCCAUAUUUACUAACACUUGAGAGAGAUUUUUAUUUGAAUUCUGUGAUGAUGAUUUUUCCUUUUUCCUUUUACCUUACGGAAUGUUAAACUGUCAUGAUGACUGACUUAUUUUGGAUGUUCCUUGUCUGAAGCUUUCGGCCCUUGAUCCUUAUAUUUGUUUUCCCUUUCUUCUUGUCAGAGAAUACACUCCUAUUUAGUUUCUCUAUUUAUUUUCAUGCUCACAAUUUUCUUUCGAAUUGUAUGUCUUUUUUGUGCGAUCUUCAGGUUAGAGAUCGAGGGCUUUGGUUGCAUUCUUAUGAGGAUGUUCCCCCUGCUAGAAAAGGAGUAAUUCUACAAAGUAUGUUUUCUCCUGCUCAAAGUAGUGAAGAUCUCGGAUCAUCGUCCUCUGAUGUGCCAGUGGAUACAAUAUUAGCAGCUGAUACUGUUGAGGAAGAAAACGGGACAAGUAGAUCUCAGACUGUCAGUAGUGACAACCCUGGUUCUGAAUAUGAUUUUCUAGUUGACGGUGCAAUAUUGACUGACAGUAUCAAAGCUAAGGUCGAGAUGGAUGAAUGCCCGCCCCUUGAACGCUGCAUAAGGAUAGUCCCUCAUGACCAAAAUAAUGGAGCCUUCUUUAUUGCUGUCCUUAGAAAACUAGCUCCACUGCAAGGUAAAAUGUACCGGUCUUCUUUUAAUUGUUCAUAUCCAUUCACUUUAUAGAAAGGUAGUCUUUCUUGUGGAAACUAGAACUUUACAUUAUUUGCCUGCUUGCAGAUGCUUCAGGGAAUAAUCCUCAUCAAAAGAAAAAAUCAGAUAACUGUAUGUUUGAGGUCUCAGAAGAAAAAACUAGAGCAGCUAAAGAUCAAUACGAGUCUGAAAAAGCUGGAAAAGCUUCGGGUGUACAAAUCUUGACUGAAACGUCAGAUGGUAGUUUCCAAAAUAAUCACCCAUGGGCCCCUGAUGAUGACCCUCAAAAAACAAAUAACGUAGGGUCGAAACCAUUGCAUUUGGAAGGUGAGAAGGAAUCAGGAAACGUGGCAAAAAGCAGAUUACAGAUUCAAGGGAAAUGGAGAGGUGUUGAUCCUGUUGUCCUCUUUGAAGAUGAAGAUGUGAUUAAGACUAUCAGAACUUUCUAUGGUAUUGAUACAUCAUUUCCCCUCGAGGGACACCUUGUUACCAGAAACACUGAUUCAAGUCGUGUAAAAAGGAUCUAUUAUAUAUCGAAGUCAGUUCAUAAUGUUGUCAAAUUAAAUUUCAAAGUGGGGCAAGCACUUAAGAUUACUUCCCUUGGCUUGAAGAUCUUUGUAAGUGUUCUCUAAAUCAUGAUGUUUGAUUGCAACUUUUAUGUGCUCAUUUCAGUCUAAACUCGAUGGGAUCAAGCAGGCAUAUAAGUUUUGUUACUGAUGUUGGUAUAUUGGAACGACUUUAAAUUCAUUUGUCUCGAUGCACGUACCGGAAUUUCCAUGUCACAAGCAUGAAAUAUUUUAUCUUAUUCUAUUUGUUGUACGCUUCGCAAUAAAUAUGGAUAAGGUUUUGAAAGUUUAAUAACGAAAUUAUGAUCCAAAUAAGUCUCUCGCGAGUACAAAAUUUGCUAUUUUCUAAGCCUGAUUUUCAUUAAGGACAAUAUCAUUGGAGACAUAGACAUAAUAUGGUGUAUCUUUGAUCGCUCCCUAGCGGACAACUUUUGAAAUUAUCAGGGCCACAUGCUGCCAAAUGUUUCCAAUCAUAUAUUUGUUGUGUCCAUCUCGAAGAAUGAUUUUCUAAGGUUCUCCUUUGUAUCAUAUCCAUUAGUCCAGUUUUCGUUCCAUCUUUAUGAAACGAAUGUGCUUCAUGUUGCUUGUUGGUCAUGGGACAGUAAGUUUACCUGCUUAUUUCAGGAGCGACAGACAUCAAAGGAGACUUAUGCAUCUUCGUCUUGUGCAUUCCGCAUAUCCUCAGAAGGAUUACCAUUACUGCUACCGUACAUCAGGAAACAGAUCUUACAUGCUUCCUUAGCUGACUUUGAGAACCUUCUCAAGUACAGGAACAUUAAAUUUUCCGAGUUCAUUGACGUCUAUUUUGGACAGAAGGCAUCGAACUUGGCCUUCGGCUGCUGUGUGGUUGUUCUGAACAAAGGUGGCUACAUGACCACAAUCCAUAAUGGUGAAUGAGACAGAUUAAAACUCCUAGACAUCUGAGAACACUUUUUAUGAAUCUAUGUAGGUGACCAGACAAUGGAGGACGCUCCAGUAGAUGCAUCAACAGUCGCUAUUGGAUGUUGGAAAGGUAAGACGAACCUGAGUGCUAUGGUUUCCCCGGUGGAUUCUCAGGAACUCCUGGCGAGACUGUCUUUUAAGCACAAAGGCAGUGCUCCAGUGGAAGAGAAGGCUGAGACGGGCAGUGAAGAAAAUGUCGAAGAGGUGCCAGAAGAUGUAGAAGGUAACGGAGAGUCAGGGGAUGGUGACCAAGUGAAGGAACCUGAAGAGCAACAUGACUGUGCGGGCAUGUUUCAAUAG